AUGCAGUGCACAGAGCAUAGAAAGCAAAUCGCACAACUUAUUUAUGACGUUCUGACAGCAAAUCGCUAGAUGAACGUUGGUAGUAAAUCUACGAUUUUCUACAUUCUCUAAUGAUAGUUAGUGUCUGAAGGUUCCAAAAAGUGUAUUCAAAGAGUGAUCAAGGAAUAUUUGGGUCGAAAUGUCUUCGGCAGAAAUCCACCUACCCACCUUCAAGCCUCAAGGCCCCAACAACAAGAGUCAGCCCAACAACAUCCAGCCAGCGAACAACAACACGAAAGCCCAGAAUGAUAGGUUGAGGAAACGCCUGAAGCACGACAGAAACGGCAGAAGACGAUCCAAGAGCUUCUCGGGCCACGGCAUCAACCCCAAACCUGUGCUACCCUCUAAAUUUCUUCUUGGAGGUAACAUAACGGACCCCCUCAACUUGAACAGUCUUCAGGACGAGGAGGUCAACAGGGCCAUGAAUGCUGUGACUCCCAAGAGUUCGCCGAUACCAACGCCACCUAGGAGAAAGGGUCAGGUUGAGGUGAUCAUACCUCCGAACAUCAGGGAUCCCUUGAAUCUCAUCGAUUGUUCCAAUGACGCUGAGUAUGAGAUGCAGUUGUGUUCACCCGUUAAAAAGGGCCGUAAAAAACGCUUGAAGAAAAAACGCACCAUCUCGACAACCACAGAAAUGUCGGACACCGAUAUAAGCCCAGAACCGGACACUGCAGAGUGUCAGACUGAAAGUGCAAAAAUACCAGACGAAGACAUGCAAGAGGGGGCCUCAGUGUCAUCUUCGAAUGCUAAACAGCCAAAACCAGCGGGUGUCAAAGAUCUGACUUUGGAACUUUUAUCGCCUAAAAAAGAAAAACUGUUGAAGCGAAAGUCUGAAGAGCAUAAAGAAGCGAAAAAAGUUAGAUAUAGUCUGGACAAAAUUGUCAGUCCUGUAGUACCGCAACCCGGUGCUUGGCUGAAAAGGAUGAAUUCGGUUACUAAAAAGACUGAACCGAAACAAUACAAGGAAGUUGUACAGUUGCCCAAGUUUAAAGAUAAGGAUAAGAAGUUUCAGUAUGGAAAUUACAACAGGUAUUACGGCUAUAGAAAUCAAAACAAUGAAAUCGAUCAUCGUCUAAAAGUUUUCUCGCACCACCCGUACCUUUUCCAAGACAAAGACAUAUUGGACAUAGGUUGUAACAUAGGGCACGUCACACUGUCGGUGGCCAGAGAUUUUGGGGCCAAAACGGUUAUAGGGAUCGAUAUAGACGACAAACUGAUCAGCAUAGCCAGGAAGAACAUCAAACAUUACGUUAAGAGUGUGAAUUCGCCUAGAGCCGAUGAGCUUUUGGCGCAAGAAGAACAAAAAUGUAGUAGUGAGUUCUAUCCGAUAUCAAUGCCUAUCCUAUAUGGACCGAUUGAUGUUCCAGGCUUUGAAGACUACUCGAAAAACAGAGGGUUUCCCAAGAAUGUCACAUUCAAAAGAUGCAACUAUUUGUUGGAUGAUGAUUCUCUACUAGCCCUUGAACAACCACAAUACGACACAAUUCUCUGUUUGAGCGUCACGAAAUGGAUACAUCUGAACUGGGGUGACAACGGACUCAAACAGGCUUUCAGAAGGAUGUACGCCCAGUUAAGGCCCGGUGGCAAACUGAUUUUGGAACCCCAAAAUUGGCCCAGUUACAAGGGAAAGAAAAAACUAACGGAAACCAUCUUCAGGAAUUACAACUCGAUAGAAUUCUUCCCCAACAAAUUCACGGAAUACCUUCUAUCACCAGCAGUAGGGUUCGCAAAGAGCGAAAUCCUAGGUUACCCCCAGUGUCCAGCGAAAGGUUUCAGACGACCAAUUCAACUCUUCACGAAAAGCACCAUGUUUCCCAGUGAGAGGAUAGAAGCGACACCGUUCAACAUCACACCAAAUAAUCUGAAGAGCGAAUCGCAGAAUUCUGAUUCCGUAGAUUACAUCUACAGCGGGAUACUGAACAGGUACUGUACGAACUCCGAGGAUAACGUGGAGGCGAACAAUCAAAUAGGGAAGAAUUUGAUGGAGACCGAUGCGAAAAAUUCGGACAAAGUUUCGUCUAGUAGUGACGUUUUGGAAAGUAAAUCUAGUAGGGAAAAAGUUGAGACAAACUCGAUGGAAACGAAUACUUGCGGUGUUGAGAAUUGUGUGGUUGACAGUUCGACCGAUAGUAAAGAAGACGACAGCUGCGGGGAUUCGUUGGAACAGAGUAAAACCAGUGAUGAAACUGUAGAAGUUAGGUCUUCGGUGGACAAGAAGGAGGAGUCGACGAAGGAAACGAUGUAAAUGUAAUAUUUUGAGUGAAUGAGUUGUAUAUAGUGUUAAUAACUAUUAUAAAUUAACAUAUAUUUGAUCUUGUACAUAUCUAGAUUAUGUGGAAAAUCCCUGAAGAAAGUUUGAAUAUAGUUUUGUUUAUUAUUAUGUUUUCAAAUAUAGUUUAACUAGUACAAAAACUGUAAGUAGUUAUGUAAUUAUAGUCUACACAUCUUUGGUCA